UUAAAUGCAAUUUUCGUGAGGACAUAAAUUCGCUGAAUAUUCCUAAACACAACAAAAACCUGCAAAAGCAAAUCGAAAUAUGAACCGGACCUCUAAAUCUAAAUCCAGUGACAAGCAUAUCACGAGGAUUGUUUAUUAAACAACGGGACCCUACGUUCUAGAAUUGCUUCUAACAUACGGGACCCGAAACUACGGACAAGCGGUAGGUAACUCGAUCCCUUAUAUCCGUCCCGUGUCCCUCGUUCAACCGCACGAUUUGCAUCGUACAUUAUUUUACAACAAAUUAUAAUUAAUACGUCCACAUUGAACAGUUCCGUGGCAUCGAUAACUUCGAUAAUAUUGUUUGUCGACCCCACACUUUGACCCUACGAUAAGAUGUCUUAGUGUCGUGUUAUUUGGUGUUCGGCCGGCGAAUCGGAUGGUUCAAUAUGGAUCUAUGAUGUGCAACAUGUUUCUGUGUGUGAUUUUUCUGUGUCUGUGCGUAACAGGAUCGGUUUACGGAUCGCCAAAUUCACUAAAGGAUCCGUAUAUUUGUGGGCCACCGUCAUGUGCACCAUCGGAUAAGUUUAAGUAUUUAUUAGACGUAAUCUACCAUUAUGAGUACAAAGUCAAUGUGGAGACAUACUUUGCUGGCUCUAGUAACAAUCGAUCUACUUUGGACGUCCGAACUAUCGCAAAGGUUCAAUUCAUAAGUCCAUGUGAAGGGUUUCUGCAGCUGACAGAUGUCACACUAGUGGAUCAAGAUGAGAACUAUCCCGUGGAAAGGGCCGAGAAGUUCAUACAUGCAGUCUCCUUGUUUGAUCUUAGAUUCGCCUUCCAUGAUGGUAUCAUAUCAGAGAUAUGUCCGGAAGGAGAGGAACCUGACUGGGUGCUCAACUUCAAGAGAGCAAUACUGGCUCUCUUUCAGAACUCCAUGAAAAGAUUUGAUAUUAACUUCAAAGGUGUUGAGCAAGACAUCCACGGCACUUGCAGUGUGGACUACGCGGUGCGAGAGCAGGAGAACACCAGUCUGAUACUGGUGAAGACUCGCGACCUCUCGCAAUGCAGAAACAGAUACAAGUACAUGUCGAUACUGCAGACUGUCCGCUAUGACUUCCAGAGUAAAUUCCAAACAUGGCCGGUACUAAAAUCAGAGAGCAAGUGCCGCAUUACGGUAGACCAUCACAUCUACAAAGCGGUGAACUGCCGAGAGCGACAUCUGUUCGAACCAUUCUCUGGCAAGAACUCUGGAGCCAUGACCACUGUGAUACAAGAUCUGGUGUUGUUGAGAGAGGUUAAUAAAACCGAUACUGAAGUUAUUGAGUCGCAGCCGAAAGCUUGGGCAGUGAUACCCAGACGAUCAAACUUGUUGCAUCAUCAUCUUGUCUACGUGGGUGACGACACCGGCGGUCUUAAAUCGGCUAGGGAUGUACUCAAGUUGCUCUGCAUGGUAAAAGACACAACAGCGGAGAACCAGCACACGUCCAACGUGGACCAGAACAUGGACAGCGGGUCGACAGUGGGCCUGUGGGGCCGCCUGGUGCGCGCGGCGCGGCCGCUGCACUUCCCCGCGCUGUCGCAGCUGCUGGCGCGAGCGCCCAGCAUCUGCAAGUCUGCUACCAAACACAUCCUAGACGCUCUACCCUACAUCGCCAGCCCCGGUUCGGUGGAGCUGAUCAAAGACAUGCUCAUGAAGGAGGACGUCGACCAGGAGACCAGGCACGAGUGGCUCAUGUCCAUGGCUAUGAUACCUAGACCAAAGCUCUUGAUGCUGGACAGCAUGCUCGAGUUACUUCAAAAACAAAAGAACGACAAAGUGAUUAGUUUCACUGUGUCUUCUAUGGUACACUCAUAUUGCAAGCAUAGUGGGAAGGAAUUACGUGAAUGCUGCGAAGAAGAAACACCAAGAGCGAUUUUAGAAGAGUUCCAAACUAUUGUGAAGGACAUUUCAAGUAAAGGAGUUAUUAAGACAAGGGAGGACAGGAAUAAUAUUAUAAUAGCAAUCAAAGCGUUGGGCAACAUCGGAGGUUUCAAACAAGACUUCGCUGAUAUACUGAUCAACAUUAUCGGCGACAGUUACGCGCCCGUACCCGUUAGACUGUCCGCUGUGGAUGCCUUUAGACGGACGCCUUGCGAUGAAACACGUGAAUACUUCCUAGAGAACUUCCGCGCGGACUACAUGAAUAUCGAAGUACGAUUAGCUUCGUACUUGCAAGUCAUGAAGUGUCCCGACCUGGGCACGCUGAGGAAGAUCUUCCAUAGCUUGAGGGAUGAGCCUGUUAAUCAAGCCACAACCUUCGUAUGGAGCCACUUGAAGAACCUAGCAGAGUCUUCUCUCCCGUCCCGGGUAGAGAUCCAGGGCCUACUGUCCGGGAACCAGGUGCCGCACCUGGAGGACAGCCCGGACUUCAGGAUCUACUCCCGGAAUUAUGAGCAGGGCGUGUUCUUUGACCAGUAUAACGCUGGUGGUAACUACGAAGCGAACGUGGUGUUCUCACCGGACUCCUACAUACCGAGAUCUAUGUCUGUGAACUUGACUGUCGACAUGUUUGGCGAGUCUAUCAACUUGUUUGAGAUGAAAAUCCGUGCAGAAGGCUUUGAGCGAUACUUCGAGCGUUUCUUCGGUAACAACGGCACGUUAAACAAGGACAAACUGACGGAAAAGGUGAACAACCUGCGUUUCUUCCGUUCCACCAACGAGGCGGACGAAGUCAGGGAGAAGAUCGAUAGUCUAGAGUACAAGAAUGAGGCUUUGAAACAUAGGUUCCCAAUGGCAGAAUUAGGUAUCAAAGUAUUUGGAAACGAAAUAUCAUAUUGGAACGCUGAAGGUGAUUAUGAAAUUAUGAAGUCGUUAGCAAGAUUGAAUCCGCAACUGAGAGUCCUGGAAAUACUUUCUGGAAAGGAGAUAUCAUACAACAAGGCCUCGCUAUUCCUAGACACGACAUUCUCGGUACCGACCGGCUCUGGUCUCCCGAUGAACAUGAACCUCAUGGGCACCAGCUACGUCAACACAAAGAUGUCCGGUACCGUCACUGAUAAGUAUACCAAGUCAGGGAAUUUGGACUUUGAAGGGAAGUUGAGACCGAGUGUCGCAGUAAACAUAGCAGCUACAAUGAGCGUAGACGCGGGCGGGCUCAGCUCUAGCGGCAUUCGAGUGAACUGGCGCCUCUACACCGCUACAGCAGUAGAGGCUCGCCUUAGUAUCCGCGGGAUGGCGCUACUGAGGCUUGACCUCUCUCUGCCUAUUGAUAAGCAAGAGAUCUUCGCUGCUAAAUCGGAACUGAUAAUCCUGCACGGUGAUAAGGAACUGCAACAGCAAGGCUUGAACAAGAACAGGAUAGAACAGAACACGUGCAGCUGGUCCACCUUCGAUAAAGCCAUCGGUAUCAAGAUGUGUGCCUCUUAUCAGUUCCCGAACAUGACGAAUCUGCACAACGCCCCUUACUUCUUAAUGAGCGGGCCCGCUAAAUACAUUCUGUCGUUAGAGAAAGCUGACCCUACAGCUAACACCUACGCCUUCCAAUACAAAUGGGACAAGAACGAGACGAAUAACGUCAUCAGUUUCUCAUUUGAUACUCCAGAUAGUAAAGAAAAACGUAUGAUCAACGCCUUACUAAGCAUAUCAAACACGUCAAGCUCCGCCUUACUCACUCUCCAAUCAGAGAAAAGCACUCUCAAAGCUAAGGCUAUGUACCGCAACAUGCCGUACGAUAAGUCUCUCUCAGCUAGUCUCGAUGUGGACGGCAGGAAACAGUUUGACACUGUGAUGUCACUGAAGAGACAUGAUAUAAAGUACGGGUACGUCUGGAUACCUCAUGCGUACUGGGUGGUCGAUAAUGAAAGGAUUGCUGAGAUGUCUGGUGUCAUAAAAGUAAAAACAAAAGGCAGUGUGACCCAAUGCGACGUUGACGCGGAAUUCCAAACCAAACAGCUGGCCAGUCGUCUGAUAGGCUACUAUACUAUCAACGGACCGACACACGGUGCCAAACUACAGUUCGACUAUCAGUUUUACAAGAACCCCAAACAAACUAUCAAGAUUGAAGGAGUUUAUAGUGAGAAGACCGGCGCUUUCAGACAUGACUUGUAUGGGGAUCUCUCUAUGCAGUUCACUGCCUACCCUUGGUAUAACUUCUAUACGGUUUUGAGGAAUAUUAAAACCCAAUCUCACAUGGAAGUGGGUUUCAACGUGAGUGCAUCUCGAGAAACGAAGUUAGACCCCGCCUUCACUUUCGGCUUCCAACGCGCGGAGCGUCUGACCGGCAUGAAGCUCGAUACGAGACUGACGCUGCACCGACCAAGACUCAUCGAUAUGAGGUUCCAGUUUGAAGGAAUCGGUCCAAAAUACACCGCUCUAGCGCUUCUAAACUUCAACCCUAAAUCGCGAGAGAUCUUAAUCUCAGGGUCUUUGUACUUCCCGCCCGGGACCCAGUUGUAUUUGAACGCUGAACUCAACAUGACACUGCCGACCUUACACCCUUGUGUCAUCAAGACCAAAGUUCAUGAGAAACAGCUGAAUGAUUAUCAAGUAACUGCCAACGGCAUAUGGUUCACAGGCGUAGACUUCAACGUGGACGCGUCUUACCAAGACCAGUCGAAAACCAAUAUGGCGUCACAUCACCUGAAAGCGUUGAUCAGUAGCUCCCACUUCAAGAACAUCGCGAUGGAUGGCCGGUUCACACAGGAUAAUAGACAGAUCACUUUCAUUGGACAGGGUGAAUACAACGAUGACAAAUACAGGACUCUUCUCCGCUACAUUCUGCUGUCUGAACAGAACUUCACGACUUACGUAGAGUUGGACAUGAGCGGGAAGUCGUACAGCGUCAACUUGAACGCGGACCUUAGUAAUAAUACUAAUGUUAAUAUGGACGUGCAUUUCGAUCAACUCCGCGACCUCCACUUCUCAUUCCAACGCUGGGUCACAGCCCGUCAGAAGCGUCUAAGCGCGGCCUUCAACUGGGACGCGAACCGCGACCCUUCGCAGAAGGUCAGCGUGGACGUGCAGCUCGACAACAAGGGCACUUGGCAUCAUGCUGGGCAUGUGUCGUUAUAUUACCCGGGAAGGAUGGUAAAUGGAGAGUUCGAGUUCCUAUUGAGAGACUGGUUCUGCCAAUGGCACAUCCGCAUGGGCUGGGCGAACAACGCAAACAUACUCUGGCGAGUCAAGAUGUUCUCCGAAGCUCACGACGAGACUGUUUACGCCCUACUCUCUAGCAUGAAUACACCCUUCGACGGCUGGAAGGAUACUAGCUUCAACGUUAUGUGGCGCUACCACGACAAUCUCCAAGCUCUGAACGGCAGCAUGAACUGGCAAGAAGACUACCUCGCUUUCAGUCUCCUAGCCGACUACCUGUUCAAAACAAAUGAGUUCUAUGGGGAAAUCAACGCGGUAGUCAACUCCACGAUACCGACGCUGCCAAAGGCGGCCGCCAUAGCCAAACAUAGGGUGGUGUGGAAGAAGAGCGCUGAUACGCUACUGAGUUUCCAGUACAACGAAGAUGGCCAUCUCCUCAUCAACUCUUCAUGGACUUUAAAUAGAGGUCAUAAUGAAAAUAACAUUACGGGCCGAGUGACGCUACUUACACCGUUCCAAGGCUAUAGGAAAGGUUUCCUCCGCACUGAAUUCGUGUUGGGCCACAAACGAGACAUCAAUGGCAUCACCUAUCUGGACCUCGAAGAGAAAGUUCUCAAGAUUUACGUCAAUGGUCACAUGCGUCGUAUCACGAACAGCAUGCUGGUGGUAAAUGUGACGUCACCGAUGAUCGAGUUCCCGCAGAUGACGGCGCGUUUUGGUUUCGUGGAGGCAGACCGGCAUCUCGUUGCUAUGGUCGUUACGCAGAACUCUACUACAGGUAUCGAAGUACUUCUGAAGUUGAAUACUCUGCAAGACUUCCAUGUUUUUGGUCACGUGGCAUUACCGAUACAGUAUUUGAACAGAGCCAUGAUCACUGCGAAGCGAGCACCUGAAGAGGUGGACUUCAGAGUAGGUUGGGGCAAGAUGGACUUCGGUUUCACUGGCAUCUGGCACUACAAGUCUCCCAUCAACUUUGUAUACUUGUACAAGUUGUAUACACCGCUCGAAGGGUUUGAAGAGAACGGUUUGGUGCUGAAGAAUAUAUACGGGGAUGGGCUGGAUACGGAGGUGUCUGUGAGGCUGUCUACGCAUAAGUUCGGUAUAGCCAUUCUCCUAAAGGACAACGGUAAAGGCCUGCUAGAUGUGCUACAAGACAGGUUCCAGCACGAGUCUCAGGCAGGGUCCGACAUGUUCAUAGAGAACUUCGAUACGAGAGCGCGCGUAGUAUUGGAUACGUUGUACUACCCUACUAUUACGUUUAACGCGCAUCUUAUGAAGUUCGUAGGCCCAGAUGAAGAAGAUAUCUUAGAGGCAAACGCGACACUAUAUCUACCUGAUAAACCGCCUAUUGUACUAACUGAUGUAUUCAUAUUGGAGGAAUACACAGUGAUGAGGAACACAUUAAACUUGGUGACUCCCUUCCAAGCAGUGAAGGAACUGAAGUCUGUGUACACGGUCGAUAUAACACUUGGAGAAAAGAUCAAUGUUACCUGUCUGGUGUUAUUGUAUAAUGGAACUUAUUGGCAUGAGAUCUCAAACAAACUAUACUACGAAUACGAAUGCGGUGAAGACGACACUUACCAGUCGUACGUAGCGUCAGUGGGCAUAGCGACCCCGCUCACAGUACUGCCGGCGCUGGAGGCGCGCGUGGCGGCCCGCCUCGAGGACGCGCUCUGGAAGAUGACCGCCGAUAUAGCCAUGCCCUCAUUCACUAUCAAUGCGCUUGCUAGCUUGGAGUUGGACGACCCAUUCGUGGAGACUUCAGGCAGUCUUAACCUGACAUCAGCAUACCUAGAGGACUACUUCAUUAAGAUGCAGUUCAAGAAAGACUUCUCUGAUGUGGAGAACCUCGUCGGAGGAGGCAUACAGAUACAACAGGGCGAACAGAAUAAUUAUCUCUUCGCCGACGUAGUCUGGCACCCGGCUCCCUCCCGCCACAUGCGCUUCAAGUCUCGCGGCGCGCUCGUACCCGUACUCCCACCUUCAGAACUGAGUCUAAGCUACAGCGAGGAGAACUCGCGAACAUUGUCGGUAGACUUCAACAGCGAAGAGAACUACUACUCGCUGAAGGCUGACCAGGGGCAGACGUCGCUUAGUAUGGCGUUGAGCACCCCGCAUCAAGGAUUCAGAGCAAUGAAGAUAAUAGGAGAGUUUGACGAGGACAACAUCAGAGGGUCGUACGUGACCGACACUUCGGAAUACACCAUCGACGGCAAAGUACUUAGCAGGAAACCACUCGAAAUGGCACUCACUCUAGUACCAAAAGGCGAAGGCGAAAACGUAAAAGUUCACAUAAAGUACGAGAACACUCCUACUGUGUACAUCAUAUCGGCGGACUUUACUGGCGCAGUGACCGCUACACUACACGCUAAAGCGGAAAUGGAGAGCAACUUCACUGAUGUUAAUAUUAAGUUAGACAUCCCGGAGUCGAAAUACAAGGACAUAUACUUCAAGUCUCGCGUUGACAACUAUCCCGGACUCAGAAAAGCGCUCAGCGUGCAAGCUGCCACACCGCUACAAAGACUGCGAUACGUUAAAGGAAAUACUGACUUCUUGUUCGGUCCAAAGACUGGGUUCCUGCUGUGCAAAUACGAACUGCCCGACAUGCAAGGCGAAGGUGACCUCAAGUGGAGCUUCUUACUCGGCGACUUGUUUAUAAGGGCUAUUGGCCAUCAACAUGUGAAAGACAUUGAGAAGAGCGUGGACCUGGACAUCUACUUCGGAAACAGCACCACCCCGGACAUGAUGCAGAAGACUGAUGCCGGCUUUAAGAUGGAUCUUGAUCACGUUUGGCAAAUUGGCGGCAACGCAUCCUUCGGCAUAAUAAUGAACCAGCGCCUCAACCUCAUGAUAAACGUGAUCCUACCGAAACCGAACGUAGACGUCCAUACAUUAUACAUUGACGGCAACAUGGGCACAGCUGACAACCCGCUGAAAACGCUCGAGGCAGAGUACAAGACUGAUGUCACGAAAAUUGUAACUGCGAUUAAGGGUGAUGUACUAUCCCUUCCAGAAAGUCUAGACACGAACUCCACAAUAACAUGGACAUCGAACUCCCAAUACAAGAACAUAGACAACAUAGUGAUAUACAAAUGGGAUGUCAACGGGUCCCACCAUAUAGACUACACGCUGUCCUCCCCGAUAUGCGAAGAUAAACCCACGUUGAAGGUCAAGGGGUCAUACCAGAAGGAUAUGGUACAUGAUUACCAUAUGGUUAAGGGUGAUAUGCAUCAACCAGGAGACAGACAGAUCGGUGAGAUAGACCUACGUUACGGCGGAGUUAAACACACGGACGGGCACUUCAACUUCACUACGCCAUUCAAAAGAUUGCCCUGGUUGAAGUCCAUCUUCGAUAUUAACAACGUAGAAGAACAUUCAGACAACAAAGUAGAUCUAUUCUGGCCAAACAAAACAGCAUCCAUCAACACAACACACCGUUACCACAAGGAAGAUAAAGGUUUCACACAAAACGGAGAAAUAUCACUUUCCAUUCCAUUGGCGCGUCAACAUCUUGUUAACACGGAAUACUACUACAUACAAGGGGACAAAUGGAGCAAUGGAAAUGCAACAAUCGAUUUCGACCGCGAGAGAUUCGUUAAAGGAUGUUUCAAACAGAUUCUGAGUAAGAGUGCCAGGAAUCUGGACCUUGCGACUAUGGAUAUAGAGGUGGAAAACGUUCACACGCCGGUCGGUAUCAAGUACAUACAUGAGUAUGAUGGGAUUGGAAAUAUUGACGUAAAACAAGCCACAGUAUUCCACCUCCACAACGCGACAAAGUUCAACGUGACUGGUAAACUCGACGUGUUUACGUACGACAUCGGUAAAGAUCUGAAGCUUACCGCGAUCCACGGUAACAGGACCUGGACCUUCGAUAACAAGUACGAAGCGGUUGACAGAGAGCUGAAACAAGGCAGCAAGAUCACGUGGGCUGAAGAUGUCUGGUUCAAUUAUGAUAUACAUGUUAAUAACAUGACUACGGAAGAAACCGAGUCCCAACAAAUAAUAAUGAACGUGUGGUACCCACUACGUACAUUCAAUUUGGUCGCGUUAUACAACUUGCAAGACACUCUACUCGACGGUUCGGCACGGUUACAUUGGAAUGUUAAGGAUGAGAAUAAGACGGCUGAAUUGAGAGGGCGGUGGGAGAACCCCCCCGUCAGCGAGGGAAGUCUGCAUAAUGUGGAUCUGUCGCUUGCUCAUCCUUCGUUUAGAAAGGACGUCACUCUAAAAGGUCAAUACCUAAGCACUCCAUCUGUAAUGUCAAACGUUUCAGUAGAACUUCAAUACUCAGAUUAUGAAAACGAAUACCUCAAACUGAAGUCGAUCCUAACAGAUAACUCAGUAGGCCCCGUUAGAGACUACAAGUUCGCCCUGACUUGCAAGCAUCCAUCGACGAACUUGGACUUGGAUAUGAAAUCAGAUAUCAAUAUACGAAGCCAUUGGUAUUACUUUAAUAACUUCUAUCGGUUCCAAAAGUCGCCGUUCUAUGAGAAGUUGCGGCAUAGUAAGUUUUUGAUUGAUUCGGCGAAUAGUGCUGUUAGCUGGGAGCGCGCAAACGACACUUACUUCUACAAAGCGAACGGUACGUGGGAGCUCGUGUACCCAGAAUACACACUGAGGACAUAUGUCAGUCGGCCAACUGGUAACGAUACCGGAACCGCUACACUGUCCAUGAUCAAUAAAUCCUUUAUAGCACAUUAUAACAGUACUGAUGACAUAUCUUACCACAUGAUAGGAAAAAUCGUUGACACCCGUUACGCAAAAUUCAACUCAUGGCGCAACUUCGACGACGUUUUAACCGUCGAUCUCGCUUCGUACAUUCGUCUCAAUCACUCCCGACUGCUCACUAGCGCCAUUAACUGGAGACCUGAAAUCUUCAGUGAGGUCAAAGCCCAAGCAGUUUACACACUAAAACUUUUAUACAGCCAAGUCAAUGACACACUAGUCAUCAUCAAAGAAAUGCCAAUGGAUGCUCACGUAUCGCUGAAAAAGAUCUGGACGGACGCUAAACCAAGAAUCCGAGAGUUUUUGGACGACCUCAACGAUUUACACGUAAUCAAAGACGAUCUAGAUGAAUUCGAACGGUUUUUGAAUCAGUCGUAUGGAAAUAACGAUUUUUACGUCAAAGAUGUCGUUGAAUUUACUUACUAUGUACUAGACGAAAUGGCGAUUAGGAAUCAUUUGGAAAGCUUGCCUGGAAUCGUGAACGACAUGUGGCAGAUUAUGGGCAACACUAGUCAAUCCAUCAAGACCAGUUUGAACUACAUAAUUGACUCUAUAAAGAAGGCUUAUGCGAACUUCUUGGACUCGGUUAACAAAGUUCUUGAGGCAGAUUUUAUGGAACUGGUAUCUGAUAGGCUAGAAGCUAUGAUAUUACAGUACGAUACGUUCAUAAGAGAUUUGCAUAUGAAAUUUUUGGAAUACUGGGAACUGACUUGGGUGAAUGCAACGAAUAGGUUCUCGAAAUACUGGCAUGAAGUUCUAAAGUCUAUUGAACCCCUGUUCUUCCAAGUUCUGCAUUAUACGGAGUCGUUCGUAUUCGCUGUGUGGAAGAGUGUGAUGGAUUUCUUCUAUAAUAGGACUCAGGAGCUGACUGAUUCGCCGUACUUCAACUAUGUGUCGACGCUUGGACAUGAAAUGGAUCGCAUCUACAAGGAUCUAAUGAACAACGAUUUGAUAACGAACAUUAAGAAAUACAGCAAGAAACUAUUCGAUGUCGUAUGGAGUAAGAUUGAGAAGUACAUACCGUUUAAAGACGAGUUUCUACAACUGUACGCGGAGUUCAGAAACGCCUGGCAGAACUUCUUGAAGACGAAACAAGUGGUCUAUGUUAGGGAGAAGUAUCAAGAAGCGUACGUCCGUCUUAAGUGGUGGUACGACUACUUCUUGAUCGGCGAAGCGCUGGAGACUGUCGGAGAGAUACUGUACGCCAAGCUCACCGACAUGACCAAGACCGCUCUGCAAUAUGAAGAACUGCAUCGCACCCCCAAAACGAACUUCAUAUUCGAUCCCCGCGUCGGUGAGAUCCUUCUAGAACAGAAGCUGCCGAUGUCGUGGCACGCCUUCAACAGGACCCCGGACUUCACGGAGAUAUCUGAAUACAGGACUGUUAAGAACUUCAUGGACGAGUGGCUGACCACUAACAAGAGUAUCUGGUCCUUCUACUAUGAUAUCAGGCCGUAUAUGGACUUUGAUAAUCUUAUGCCGCCGUUUGCUGGUAUGGCAAUGAUGACCGGCCAAGGUACUCUAGUAACGUUCGACAAGCGUGUGUUCACCGUGUCCGAGGCCGGAACGUUCCUGCUCUCCAAGGACUACAGACAGGACAACUUCACCGUACUCAUGGAGAGUAAUGAUCAAGGACGGUACAACCUGGUCGUGUUGACUAGGCGAAGUCUUGUACACAUCGACCUGUAUAAACAGGAAGUAUCGAUCGGUCACUCGGUGCUAAGCCUGCCCGCGCAGGUGGACGGGCUGGUGAUCGACCGGCAGACCGACACGCUCUCCGUGCAGGGACACAACGGCCUGGACAUACACUGCAACCUGCUGUUCCACAACUGUAAGCUGGAAGUAUCAGGCUGGUACUACGCGACCCUCGGCGGCCUCCUCGGUACAUACAACAACGAGCAAUACGACGACCUCCAACUCCCGAACAGCACAUACACGACCUCUAUUAACGAGCUCGGUCACAGCUGGAACAUAGUACCGGCCGCCACGCCCACUUACAUAGAGAACAAGGACUUGAAGAAUGAUACUCAAUGUGAUAAGUUCUUCUUGAAUAAGGUGUCGCCGUUGCAUCCGUGCUUCAGUGUUAUCUCGUCGUCUCGUUUCUACCUGGAGUGCGCGCAGGGCGGCGCGGCGUGCGCGCUGGCCUCCGCCUACCGCGAGCUCUGCCAACACCAACACGUGCCCACGCACAUGCCCGACCACUGCCACCAAUGCACGACUCCUCAAGGCGACAUUAUAGAAGAAGGCACAUUCCACAUUCUGCAAUACAUCCCGAACUCAACCGACGUCGUGUUUAUAGUGGAGGCACAGUACUGCAACAAGAACCUUAGGAAGAACAAGAACAUGGACCUCUUUGUAGAGGCAUUUGAUACUAAGAUGCAGGAGAAUGGGUUGUCUGAUAAUAGGUACGCGAUAGUAGGUUUCGGCGGUCGCGGCGUGUACCGCCGUCCGCGCGCUCUGUACGUCAACAACGAGGUGUUCACCAACUCUAUAGAGAUAUCACAACAUCUGGACAACUUUAUCAUCGACAAGGCAGACCUCAUCCGUGGUAACCGUUCAUCUCGCACGGACAUGUUCGCCGCGCUGAGCUUCGCGACUCGCCUCCCGUUCCGCGCCGCCGUGCCCAAGACAUUCAUACUCAUGCCUUGCUCCAAGUGUGACUCUGCGUUUAUGAGGUUGGACUACUCGACAAUCUACCACAAUCUGAUGGAGAGCUCGGUGACUCUGCACGUCUUAAUGGAUGACGACUUUAUGCUGUCCAAGAAACGAGCGGCCAAGUACUUGUUCGGUGUGGACAACACUCUGGCCUAUACGAACAAGGAUUACGAGAGGCUUGUAGGCGAUACUGCGCUCAGGAAGCAAGUGAAGCUGCCUAAAGAAAAGCUUGGGCUGUGCACCUCACUCGCUAUGGAGACCAACGGCACGAUAUUCGCGGGCGCCAAGCUGCAGGGCGACCGGCCCACAGCGCGCCGCUUCUCCACCGUGCUGGGCGCGCGCGCCGCCGCCGCCAGCGCGCGCUGCGCCAGCCCGCCGCGCUGCGAGUGCAGCGAGGGGCGUCUGCUGUGCCGGCCCUGCGCGGACACGCAGCGACUCAUGGAGUUAUCGUUCUUCAACUCGGAUGAUAUUGAUGAACUCAUAGACAUAGCUAUGGAGCCGCCCACGUUGCCCGCAUUUAGAUGAUCAAAGAUCUUAGCUUAACCAAUGAUGUACAAACUUAAUGAGAAAUGUAAUGUUUUAUAUUUAUUAGAAUUAGAAAAUUCUUCAUGGAUUACACAACUUACACAAGCCAUGACAUCUCAAUUAAAAAAAAGAUGGACAGUUUAAAAAUAUUUGGAAACUUGUUUUUGGUAAGUACUAAAGGCCAGUUUUUGAUUGCCCAUUUCUGGGUAUAGCCUCCCAUCUUAAUUAUUGGUCAUUAUGACGAUAGGAUUCGCAACACUACGAAUCAAUAAAAAAAAUACAUGAUUAAAAUACAAGAUUUUAGAUAGUGUAACACUUACACGUACUUAUAAAUAAUUGAAACUUCUUUAAACUUUUUCAAUGCAUGGAUUAAGAAUUCUAAUUUAUUUAAGA